AUGUCGUACGGAGGACCCCCGCAAAACCAAUACGGCGGUGGUGCUGGUUACUAUGACCAGCAAGGCCAAGGAUACCCCCCGCAGGGUCAUUCCCAACCACAGCAAGGCUAUUACCCAGAAGGCCAACAAGCUUACGGUCAGCCCCAGUAUGGCCAGUACCCAGGUCCGUAUGAUCAGCACGGCGGCCAGGGCUACCCCCCACAGCACCAGCAGGGCCAGUAUCCUCCCCAAGGCAGUCCUGGAUACGAACAGCCUCCCCAUGAUCGUGGCCACUCGCCCUAUCCUCCCCAGCAACAGCAUUACCCGCAAAGUGGUGGCGAAAGCUCGGCUUACUAUGGUGGCCAACCCCCGUACCAACAACAACCAGGACAACCUGGUACGGUAGGACCGGAGGGCGACAGAGGCCUUGGGUCGACGCUGCUUGGUGGCGCGGCUGGCGGGUUCAUGGGUAAUAAACUUGGCCAUGGUAUUCUCGGUACUGCGGGCGGUGCUGUUUUGGGUGCUGUUGGUAUGAAUAUGGCAACUAAUAAGCUGUGA